CCCGGCGUGACGUAGGCAAGUCUCCGCCCCUUCCCCGGAAUACUCACCGCUGAUUGGUUCCCGCGGCUGGCUGAUGGGCUCGCUUUUUAAGGGGGCUCGAGAAUAGCUCCCGUUUGUAACGGUCGCUUGAAUCAUGACUAUUUGAUGGUUUAUUUUUGUUUCAUUUUACUUUCAUGACGUUGUAUUUUAUACAUUUAGUAUCGUCGUAACGAGAUGAUACUGGUGAUAUUAAUUUUAUAGAACAGAUUCAGGUAAACGUGAUUAAGUGAUGGGUCAAUAAAAUGUUCAAAUUAUCACCAAACGUUGAGAAAAUACUUCUAAAUAUUCAAAGGCACUGAAAUGAGGCCAAUAACUUCAUGAAAAGUGAUCAUUGUGAUUGCCUGGAGGAAGAAAACGGUGGAUUCUUGGCCCCUUUAACAUUAUGGCGGACCGUUUUCUCCUCGGCAGGAAUUUUGAUGAGCCCGUGUGCGAGGCUAGACUGUUACCGCUCAGCCUCUCUCAGUUCAUCCUUGUGUGUGUGUGUGUAUGUGUGUGUGUGAGGCAGCGGCGAGGAGGCCAAGCACCAGUGGUCCAAUCUAACAUGUGAAUGACAACACAACAGUAACAACGCAAACAUCCUAAAUGCCUCUCUCGUGAAACCAUCCACCUCCUAUUCCUCCUCCUCCACAUUAUUAUUUCCCCUCCUCCACCACCAUCGUGCACAACUACUGAUCGGUGCCCUGGGAUAACUUGUUUAUUUAUUAUUUAUUUCUUUGGGUUUUAAUGCGGCUAGUCCGUGAAGACAGCGGAGGAAAAAUGGCUGACCAGAUUGUGACAGUUCAGAAGAGGUCUGCAUGAAUAGGUCAUGAAUACUAGUCUGUUCCUAGUUUACUACCUGAUGACAUCAAUAGGAGGUUAUGAGCUCCCCGCAUCAAACAAGAGCGGUUGGAUGAUCGAGAGAUCAACCAGCUGGCUCUGGAAAUGGUUGAAAAGAAUAAGCAGAAAAUGAUAUCCCAGGCUGCACAGAUUGCCCAGCAGACACAGGCAUCACAGCAGGCCCUCCAACGUGCAGGGGGACAGCAGAUGAUCACAUUCUACUUCAACCGGGAGAAGAACAAGGAACGGUCCAGUGACGACUCUAUCCUCCCAAAGAAGAUGGACGAGAAGAAGAAGGGCACUAUAGAUGAGGAGAGCGUGCGGGGACGGUUCGGCUGGUCCACCAUCCACAACGCACACAUCCCCUAUGUGUUCCGGCGGGAGGAUAAGUACUGUGCUGUGCGGAUGGUGGAGACCAAGCUUUUGAACAAGUACCUGAGUUACCUGCCCCAUGAGAUCACCACCUGCAUCCACGUGCGGAGCUACUUCAUCACCGAGGGCGAGGCAAAGCUCCUCAACGAGAUAAACAUGAAGCACUGUGAGUUCCAGUUUGGUCGUGAUCUCUUCACAACCAAGGACCUUGUGGUGAGACUCCAGGACGCGCGGUGCUUUUAUAAGUUCCUAGACACGUGCUUUAAGAAAUUGGUGCAGAAAUCCCCUGAACAAAGUGAACAUUGUGGGUUUGUGCGCAUCAAUGGGGAAAGUGUUGUGCCGUACACAGUGAAGGAAGGAAAGAAAUAUGUGCCGCUCUUCUACUUUGAGGGCGAAACGGACACCUUGAAGCUAAAAGCAGAAAAGGUGGACAACUGGGAAUUGGCAUACCUCAAGUUCUGCUGUAAAGUGCAGGGCAUCAGGAACGAGCUUUUUGCGAGUGACACAUGUGCAGUGGUGAGUCUUGAGGAUGUGCAGCAGUACUUCCCCAAGGACACACAGUUUGAAGAUUGGUGGCCGCAGAAAACAGCGGAGCCCAUGAAGGUGGCCAGUCAUGGCACCAAACCAGGGGGCAUGUGGACCCAGCGGCCCCCAGGUGGCUCCCCUGGUGGUGUGACACAGGCUGCCCUCGGAUCCUCCCUCUCCCCGCUGUCUAGCAAGCAGCAGCCGCCACCAGUGGUGACGACAGUGACCAACCAUGCAGCGGUGUCAGCCUCGGUGGGGGUGACGGCGGGCACCACUAACUCACUGGCCUCCCUCACCAACUCCCUCAACAACAUCAACUCCCUGUACUCUCAGUGGGCAACGCUGGUCAAUGGACAGGCAGCGGCUGUGGCGGCGUACUCUGGUGCUUCCAACAUGCAGGCGCUCCUCUCAGGCCUCACUAGUGACCAGAUGAGGCGGUUGCAGCCCCAGGUCACUCUCCCAGUCUCCACACCACUCAUUCCCACCAUCACGGCGAGCCAGAGUGGGGUGCGGCCGCCUCCACUCGUCCGGUCGUCAACAACCAUUAGUGACGUAUCCUCAACAUCUACCUCUUCCAGUAGUCGUCUAUCGAGUAGCAGCAUUGAUGCGACCUUGCGUCAGUUAGGGUAUAACACAGCACAGCUUAACCAGUCAACGUUAAACUCGUUAGUCAAUGUUGGCACCCCUACUAUGCAUUCAUAUAAUACCCGGCAGUCAACCAAUGCGCACCAUAAUUCAGCAAACAGCAGCUCAAAAUCACUGUCAAAAGCCCCUCCACCCCUCAUACCAGUGGCAAAUGGCUUGCGGCCCGACAACCUGUCUAGUCACAAGGGCGUGGGAAGAAAUGGCCUGGAUAAGCAGCGACUUGUGGACACGCCAGCAUUCAGGCCGGACCCCACCAGACAAGAACCUCCGUACAAAGUUCGAAAGAUGGUAAUGGAUGGGAAGGGCGUCCUAUGCAUCAACAGGACAGCUUACACCCACCAGAGUGCAUCAGAUUUCAACAUGGUGGCCCUCCAGGAUGUCAUAAAGGACUUCUUCCCAGCCGCCACCCUCUCUGAGUGCAUCGAGGUGUUCCAGAAUGUCCUCAACGUCACUGUAUACAAAGCCAACUGGCACCAAGUCAACACGUUAAUGAAUGCCUGGGGCAGUGUUGUGGCACCAGACCUAGUGCCACUGAUAUUCACCACGGACCUUGUCACAUAUCUCUCUCAAAUAAAGUACAUAUUCCAACGCCACAACACCCUCGGUCAGUCACAGUCCAAACGCAUUAGGACAACUUGAUGGUUGGACGGGCUGUAGUGCUCUGUGAAAUAUUGACUGUGAAGCUCAUUUGUUGAUAAGAGACGAUAUUUAUACCCAGUUCAAACUUGGCCAUGUCUUGUUAUUAUCAGUUAUUAUUUUAUUUAUUUCUUCUUUAUUUAUUAUUAUUAUUAUUUUAUUUAUUUAUUUAUUUUUUUAUUAUUAUUAUUAUUAUAACUCUUCUGGAAAUCAGAGAAUGGCAAAAUAAGAGUUGUGUUGAAAAAAUUAUGUUGUUUAAGUGAAAAGUUAUUUGGUGUGCGAAAACUUUCAAAUGUCAACAGAAAAUUUUUUGUCACCAAUGAUUCUUUUGUGUCUGAAAAGUUCAUGUGAUUGUGUGUUCUGCGUGUUGAAAGCAUCGCUGAAAUGUGCAUCAUGUGCUUUGCCUGCCACAGAAAAGCGUUUCCAAGAAGUUAUUUGGUUAUGGUUUAUUUAAAUAUUGAAAAUCUUGAGUUUGUGUGGAAAAGUUUGAAUGGUUAUAUGAUGUCUGAAAACAUACAGAUUCCUUGCCAACAACCAAGGAGUAGUUUGAAUGUCUUCUUAACAACAUUAAGAUGUGCUUUUGAUGUGCUGAAACACCAUUGAGGCAAAAGGAUUACACUCAAGAAGAGGAGGAAGGUUGACAGAGGACAAGUGGCUGCAUCAGCAUCAUCAGCAGGUGUCUCUCAGGUGAGCAGCAGCAGCAGCAGCAGCAGCAGCAGCAGCAGCAGCAGCAACAACAGACAGGUCAGCUUGGGCCCACACAAGGCCCUGAGAAACAGAGCCAGACUGCUGCCUUAACGCUGCUUCAGGAAACUGGUGCCAGUCACUCUGUCUGCCACUACGUUUUCUUCUUUUCUUUUUGAAAGGAUUAUUUUUUUUGAAGGAAAUUCUUUACUUAAAACUAUUUGAGAAAAUAUUUUUUCUGUCAGUCAGUCAGUCAUAGCCUCACUAUUACUACCCUAAAGAAUCUCACAUACAUAUACAUAUUUACAUGCAUGCGUGCUCAUGCACACACACACACACACACACACACACACACACACACACACACACACACACACACACACACACACACACACACACACACACACACACACACACCACAUUGUCACCCUGUGUUAAGCACCUCAUGGUUAGCGGGUAGCCUUGCAUUAUGACAAGCUUGAUACUUUUAUUAGUUCCUGUAAGCCUGAUCUUUGUUGGGUUGUUGUCCGUGGCAUCUCUCCCUGUGUUCCCCUAAUGGUGAUCAAUCUGGUCAGCCAUGUCUGUCUGUCUCCCUGUGCUUUGGGAUUUGCCAGAUUUCAUUCCUACAUUUUGAAAUGUAAUGUCUUGCAAUCAGUCACCUGAAAAAAUAACCAUAUCAUCUCCCAUCAAGAAAACUUCUGUACUUUGUAUAUUCUGCAGUAAAUGAUUUUUGUGAUACUACAUUAUUAGGUUUACUUAUUAUUUCUGUUCUCAUUAUUUAUUCUUUAAAAUCAUCCAUUACAUCUAUAAAUUGUUUUUCUUAUCUUUUAGCCUCAACUUAGUGACUAACAGCUUUAAUUGUUAUUGGCAUUAUUUCAUCGUAGAGAAAACACAACCAGUAUAAGAAAUCCAGGAAGUUGAGGGUAAUAGUGUGAGAAUCUAUUCAUUUUUUUACCUUUGUGUGUAGGAAAGGAAGCAAAAGUGUAACUCCACUGCUUGUGUCUUGGUGUUGGUGCUUUGGGGGGGGAAGGGAAGGGAGGAAGAGCUCUCUGGGGUCUUAUUGGUGAGGUCAGGAAUUACCAAACCUGAAGGCUACCUAUCCCUCAGCCUCAGUAUUAGAUGAGCUAUGUAACCAUCACCUGUUUGUCUCUCUUACACUUAGCGACACUGUGUUUAUGGUGUGUAUGGAAGACAGGGUUUCUUAUAUCUCUAACUAAAGUCUGGUAAAAUAGGAUCUUUAGUCCAUUUCUUUUCCUGUGUGUGUCAGAUCAAUGCUCUCUCUCUCUCUCUCUCUCUCUCUCUCUCUCUCUCUCUCUCUCUCUCUCUCUCUCUCUCUCUCUCUCUCUCUCUCUCUCUCUCUCUCUCUCUCUCUCUCUCUCUCUCUCUCUCUCUCUCUCUCACAAGUGCAAGGGCUGGGACACACACACACACACACACACACACACACACACACACACACACACACACACACACACACACACACACACAAGACAUUACCAGCUUAACUCACUCUUGUAUAAAUACAAAUAGGUAAACACACACACACACACACACACACACACACCUCUUGCAACUUGCCAUACAAGAAGAUUGAAUUGCUCAAUCCACCAAAUAUUUAGUCUUUUCCUGUAGACAGUGAUUCCCUUACCUGUCACUCCCUUCAGUGUCUGAUGAAAAUCUACUGUCCUAUUCACUAACAGGUAUUAUAUUGGUGUGAUACUUGUUUUGAAAUAUUUGUCUCUGGUUACUAAUGGACAAAUAUCGAGAAGUGUUUGCUGCCUUUUUAUUUUGCAGCAUGAGAAAACUUCACUUUUCUUGCUCCAACUUUCUUCCCUCAAUACUGAUGUAGUUUUUGUUUUAGCUUUUAUUUAUUGGAAGACUGAAUGGAUGGUGGAAGUAAAUUUUAUUGAUAGGCAGAAGGAUAGGAUGAUUUAUUUUAUAUAUAUAUAUAUAUAUAUAUAUAUAUAUAUAUAUAUAUAUAUAUAUAUAUAUAUAUAUAUAUAUAUAUAUAUAUAUAUAUAUAUAUUUCAAGGGUGCACUCGGUACUUAUGUAGAGGUGGGAAUGGGGAAGCAUAUCAAAAUAUUAAAUGGGUGAAAGAGGGCUGAGAAAGUCAUGAUUAUGUACAACAAGACUUACUUUUAGCAUUUUGCCACAGGGAAUGAGAAUCUAAAGAAAUGCAUCCGGAUACAUAGAUCAGUGCACUGUUCAUGAAUCCUGGUAGACGUUUGGGUAUUUUGUGCUGCUCAUUGACUUUGCAUUCAUAAAAUGAGAUACAAUAAAACUGAAAAUUAGAUAUUUAUGUAUCAAGAUUCACUUAUUGUUGGCACCAGAAAUAAAUGGCUUUGUGGGGAGGCCCAAAAAAUGUCAGUGUAGGGAAACAUCUGCAGGACAGUGUUUUGUUACCUGUACUGACAUGGUUGUGAUAGAGACUGGGUGAAUGAUUUAGGAAAAAGUUAGAGCAGUGAAGUUAUACUUCCUCAUUAAGGUUCUGGGGUUACAAAGGAUAGAAAUUUAUUGUAAUCGGUCAGUAAAUAAGACAAUGGAGGUGCUACAAGAAUGAAAGAACAAGACUAUGGAAUCCAUUGUGCAAGUGCAGAAUGGAUCAAGACAUGUAGACUAGUAUGAACAUGUAGCACUAAAGCUAGAUGAACAAAAACUUUAUGAAUGAAACUUACAACACAAUUAAAAAAGGAAAGCUUUUUAGUGAAAAAUGAAGGAUUGGAGCAGGAUGCAAGAGAGUGAAUGGAGUAAUGAUGUGGUGUGGUUUGAAUGAAAGAAAAGGGGUAUUCUGGGGGAUUUUUUUUUUAUGAGAGCAGUGAUAUAGUAUGUAACGAUGAAAAAUACACAUAGAAUUCUGAGGUAUUUGGGACACAUGCUGUUGGAGCAGAAAAAUGUGAAGAUUUCUCUUCAAAUUGGUCUCUCUUCAUUGUUAAUGGCUGUGUAGUACCUACCAUAUGUCUUUUUACACACUCUAAUGUGUCUUCUAUCUUAUAUGCUGAUGUGUCUUCUAAAUCACAACAGUUGUUAUUCCCAUUUUUAUACAAUUCUUUCAUGUGCUGUUAGUUCUUAUCAAGUCGUGAGUGCCUCCAGUUUGGCACAUUUCUCCAUCAGUUCUUCUUUUCUUCUGAAGUUGAUGAAAUACAAAGAUUUCUACUUCUCUAGCAGUCAUUGCUAGCAUGGUAUAAUAGUAAUUGAGGUGGCUUUCAUUAUUACAAUAGGAACACUUAAGUAACACAUAUUACAUACCUGUUCCCUUUUCCUCUCCCUUCUUGCCCACCUUCCUCUUACAUUUUUUUUUCAGGCAUCACCCUUUCCUUCAUCAUCUCAGCUUUCAAAGGACUCUGUAAAAUGGUUUUCAGUAUUGACACACACACACACACACACACACACACACACACACACACACACACACACACACACACACACACACACACACACACACACACACACACACUCUCUGCUGCCACCACCACUAAACAAGUGUUGUUCUAACAUCUGUUUUUGUCUCUAAGUAAAGUUUAUGUUAUUAUCUGUGUUAGUAUCUUAGCAUUGACAGUUAAUUUACAGGAUGACACAGAAACUCAAGGCAUCAGCAAAGGGUAGCUGGAAAUAUGGAGGCAUUUGUUUAAUUAAGACUGGAAUGUAAAUAACAUGUAUUACUGUAGAGAUUGUUGAAUAUCCCCUGAGUUUCCCUAAAACAGAAGUUUUCAUUCUUGUUUUUCAUACAAAGUCUUCCACAUAUGUUGGGUAACAGACAUGAGCUGAGGGAUGAGAGGGUGUGUCAUCAUCAAGUUCAUGAGUUACAUUGUAAGUUCCAGUGGUAAUCAUUAUUUUUCCAUUAUUUGCGGCCAAGAUUGUGGCAGUUACGAAAUGUGAUAACAGGAGGCUUUGAUGCCUUACCUAACAGUCAGUCUCUUGUACCUGAUUUUAUUUCCCAACUGAACGCUAAACAGUUGUACAGUAUUCACACAAGACUGGUAGCAUUGGCUGUGUUGCUCUGGUCUUCAUGUAGCAAAUAACAUGGCUCAGUUCCAAUCUAAAUGUCAUGAAAAUAAAUUUACGUUUUUGCUUUUUUGUAAUAAACACUAUUGAAACAUUUAUUCUCAUUUUCUUAGCAGCUAGUUAUGAAAGAUCAAUGACAGUAUCCAGUGCCAGCCUGUCAUUCUGUGGUAUGCAGUAUUGAACAUAAAGUUUGGAGUUGCCUAAGAUAAAUGAGGCAGUGUUUCCAUCAGCCUCCAAGUGGUGUGACUCUUGCCAGAAAGUUUCCUCUGCAAGACAACCACUGGAGAGCCAUAUCUCAUGUUUGAUAUUUUAUAUUCUCUCUCUCUCUCUCUCUCUCUCUCUCUCUCUCUCUCUCUCUCUCUCUCUCUCUCUCUCUCUCUCUCUCUCUCUCUCUCUCUCUCUCUCUCUCUCUCUCUCUCUCUCUAAACUUAUUUAUAAACUUAAUUUUUGCAUAUUACUUGAGGAUGCAUUUUAAUUUUUGAUCAUUGAAGAAUUCCAGUAGCAUAUUUUUCAUUCACAGUGUAUGGGAAGUUUAGGGUAAGCAACUCUAGAUGAUGAACCAAGAGCCUAAAGGAGCCACAUACAAUUCAUAUGCUUCAGACAGUACUUUGCCCACUCACACAGAUUAUAUAUAUAUAUAUAUAUAUAUAUAUAUAUAUAUAUAUAUAUAUAUAUAUAUAUAUAUAUAUAUAUAUAUAUAUAUAUAUAUAUAUAUAUAUAAAUAUAUAUAUAUAUAUAUAUAUUUAUUUAUUUAUUUAUUUGUGGUUGGAAGUCGAAUAACCACGUGCACUCACUUCCACAGUCUUUGGUGUUUGCCGUCAGUCUUGAGUCCUCUGAACUGCUGACAAUCUUAGCAAACCCUCACAACACAUAGGUGGAUUUUCAGCAGGUUAGAAGACUUAAAAAAAUUGAGGGAAAAGGCAAAGCUGUGGAAUGAGGUGCAGAAAAUCACUUAUACAAGUUUUAACAACAACCAGUACCUGUGUGACAAGCAAAGAACUCCCCUCGGGUUGUCUUGUAGCAGUGAACAAGUGGCUGCACAGCAGGCAAACCUUGAGGGUGGUUGCAACAGGGUGGAAAAUUAUGCCAUUGCCACAUAACCAAAGAUGAUAGCCAUACAAUUCUUUGAUUUCAGAUGUUAUUAAGGAAUACCCUGUUAACCUUUAUUACUGCAGAUGACCUGAAGUGUUUGCAAGUGCUUGGAGAUGUAAGAGGCUUAGAUAUUUGUAUGUCUUUGGAAAUAUUUGUUAUCUCCAUGUUUUUAAGUGUCUGAAAAGAGAAUGGAGUAGAUAUAGUCCUCACAUUGAAAGUUGAGUCACUACAAUGUCUUCUGUAUGUCUCUUGGGGAUUACCACUACUGAGUCAGCAGCAGCAACAGCAGCAGCAGCAGCAGCAGCAGCAGCAGCAUUGUUGACAACAGAAAGGGCUGAUGUGCUUGGUGUGAUGUGGAAGGUCCAUUACUUGAGCAGAGGAAAGGCUGAUGCAGAAAGGACUGUGUGAAGUUUUUGUUUAUCAAGGAAUCUUUUGUUUACUGUUUUACUCACAUGAUAACAAAACUAAGUAAAUGCUGGAAUAGAGAAUUGCAGUGUUGUUGUUAGAUUCAAAACAACACCAUCAUCAUAAGAGUGCACAUUACCUCACUGAGACUAAUGUUUGGCAGUUGUAAGUUAUGAAAACAUUUUGUUUACAUUGCCAUUAUGUUCUCCAACUUGAAAGCUUGCCAAACAACAUCAUGAUAUGUAUUUUCAUUUUUAGGUGAAAAAUUCUGUUAUCUUGCAAAUUUUUUGAGAUCUUCCAUUUAAGAAGGAUUUUUCUUCCAGAGAUUUAGAACAGCGUAUAAUGACAGGCACCAUUUUCUUUGCAGUAAUUUCCUUCCAUCAGCCACCCUAAUAUGUCUGAGCACAUCCAUAGGUAAUAGAAUAGCCAUCCAGAACAUGGUAACUCUUCUAACCGAGAUCUGUUAAGACAUAGCAGUUUGUACUGUUCUUUCGUUAUUGACACACCAUAUAGGUAGCAUAGAUAAAAGAGCUAACUCCAAGUACACUCUCCAUAAAUAAAACUUAGGCUUUAAAGAAAUGGCCCUCAAGCAGGAAAUUGGAGUCUAUCUUUAAAAGUUCAUAUGUGAAGAAUGUAUUUAAAUUUAAAGUUUCUGCUUUGCUUCUUGGGGGCCAGAAUGUCUUGCUGUGUAGCCUUAACUCUACGCUCCGAGAGACUUCUGUAUGGUACUCACGCUGCUCUUGAAACUCGGUGGUCCGGCAAGAGUGCAACAAUGGUACAAGGUAUUUAUGUCAAAGUUAUUUUACCCCCAUAUCAUUAUAUAUAAGAAUAGUUUAGAUUCUUUUUAUACAGAUGUAUCGGUGAAUAACACUUGUAUGAUGUGAUAGUGCCAAUACAGUUGCAGCAGCUUAGGAUGUCCUGUAAUGAAAGUGAAGCAGUUUUAUUUAGAGAUUUUUGCAGUAUCCAGUACACUUUCCAUUUAUUGUGUUUUUCAGAAUGUUGAGACAUUUAGAACCUCUUGCUUACCAGGCUCUUGGUGUGUGUGUUUAGUUCCUCACACCCGUUCAUUCCAAUCCUCCAUAUAGCCUUAUUAAGACACAUAGCCAAAGCAUUCAUUUGUAUUUUUUCUUCGAGAAUGACAGCUGGUCUAUAAAGUGAAAUUUUACUCAAGUUUAUAUGGAAAUUCCCGCCCCCCAUCCCCCCAAUGUGUACAGACUUAGUUGGUUUCUGAGGUUGAAUAAAAGUCCAUAGAGGUACAUUAUCCCAAUGUUAAUUUAUUUUCUUAGUCUAUAUGAAAUUAAGUAAAGCUGGGUAUGAGAGAACUUUCAGAAAUGAUUGCUAUAGUGAAUUUCAAUAGUGUUUAUUAAAUGUAAAGUUUUGUACAUAUACAAAAUAACUUAUGAUCUUUUGUGAAUGUAUAUUUGUAAACAUGACACCAAAUAAAAGAAAUCAUUGCUAUUGGGUUUUGUCGAAGGUUUUCCUGAUUUAUUGGUGUGAAUUCGGUUUAGGUUGGGUUAUGUUCAGACACUAUGCAGGAAACCACAUUUAUUAUAUAAUCAUUACCAGCGUGCAGGAUGCGUUUCCUGUCACUAUGACAUGCGUGGAGACAAUUAUCUUAAUGUAAAGAUAGAAUGUAUAGCAAGUCUCUCUCUCUCUCUCUCUCUCUCUCUCUCUCUCUCUCUCUCUCUCUCUCUCUCUGAAAACGAUAAUAUGGAGAUUUUCAAGAAACUUAAUUUCCAAAUGACUCAAGAUAUAAGUUCAUAUAAUUUUACAGUCUCAUAGUCCAGCCAUUGCACAUUUAUUAGAAAACCACCAGAUUAUCAUUGUUAUGCUUUAUUUCCCCUAAUUAACAAGAAUCAGACUCGGCAACUAAUUUGGCUCUUAGAAGAUAGCCAGGAGAAAGCAAAUCAAUCACUGCUGUGUGCCUGUCAACAAUACCUGGUGUCUGAAAGCUGACGUUUGUAGUUUCCCAUUAUCAGUGGUGAGAGAGAGAGAGAGAGGGGGGGGGGGAAGUACAGGGCUUAUUCGAAACCGUAUUCUCAAACCAAUUAACGACCGAAAAUAUCUUCAGAAAAAUAUAAUAUAUAAUUUGGGAUACCGUAAUCAAUCUGUGCUCUUAUUUUCUUUACUGAAUUGAAUAUAAACAUUAAUAAUGCGAAGCUAGAAGCAAAAUGGUUAAGGAUACUAAGGUUAUUUUAUACCAAAAUGAAUAUAUACAUUUUUCCUUUCAAAAUUAAUAAUGGGAAACUAUAUAUUGACCAAAGAUAAUAUUGUACUAAUCCAAUGACAUAGGCCAAGAACAGUCACAAAUGCAGUGAGGGCGCCACCAGAAGGAGUGCACGAGGAGGGGAGGCGGAAAACCUUCCUGGUGGAAGUACUGCAGCAAAUCACCUUCCUUGGCAGAGGAGGCCACCAGCUGGUACCCUCGUGCUACCACCCGCUGUUGCAGCACCUAAGGAAUGGAACACAGGUACGUGUUGGCGGCGAGCUGCGUGCCUCUUCCUGUGCCUGUCGCCGUGGAAGAUGCAUUAGUCGAUGUGGCGAGUCCGGCAGUGGUGGUGGUGAAGAGGGAGGCAAGAUUCCGUGGUGGGUUGAACAUUCCCUGCGGCUACUCCCCCCCAAGAUGCGCGUAUCCUGACAACCGAGCUCUGUGCCCCCCCCUCCAUUACUCCCCCUGCCCAAUGGAAUUCCCAAACGUGCAAAUUUAACUCAGCGUCUUACACAGUGAUGUUUAUUGCAUACAUAGAAUUGCAUAGUGUGUGACAGUGUUGUGUGAUGUUUUGCAGUAGUAGUAGUAGUAGUUGUUGUUGUUGUAAAUAGACAUGAGAGUGAUUAAAAUGUUAAGAUCAAGGGGGAGCAGAAGUUGGUUUGUAGAUGGUUAAAAAUAAGACUUAUCACCUGCUGCUCCUGACAUUAGUAUUAUACUGUGAUAUUCACUGUUCUUACCUAAGUGUGUGUGUGUGUGUGUGUGUGUGUGUGUGUGUGUGUGUGUGUGUGUGUGAGUGAAAGCACCGUACGAGUGUAUAGUACGUGAUGAUGUUACCAAGAAUUGUUACAUUUUGUAGUCUUUUAAAACGCUUAAUAUGUUUAAUAAAGUAUAUUUAUAAAUUACA